UUUUAGACUUAUAUCAUUGUGUGAAAAGAAGAGGUAAAUUUCCACAGACAGCUGGAUGUCAGCAAUGGGGUAGACAGACAAUGGGUUGAAGAUUUGGCAUUGGCUGAAGACUUAACUUCAAUUCUAAGUUCAGUUUUUGGUGAUGGCUAACAAUUUCUCGAAUGUCAUGGAUGGAAGUCGGCUCACAGAACAGAAUAUCUACACAUGCAGGCUGUGUUUAAAGCAGUUUUUGUACUACAGUGAUUAUGCAUUCCAUGAACGAAUGCACUUUGAUCAGGUUCCUUUACCUGGUUCUCUUCAGGGUGGAUUGAGACCGGCCUAUGACAACCAUGUGGUACCUCCGUAUAACUCAACCAGUUCCACUCCCGGGACUCUAGACAGUUUUGAUAAGUUGAUACAGCCAUUCCGUAGUACAAUACCUGAAGCAGAUAUCAGGUCACAGACAGAUUCAAGGGGUCUUGUACCAUCAAGUCAGCAAGACUUGAGAAAUUAUGUGCCUUCAAGUCCGGCAGAUCAUAGAAACAUGGCCGUUACUAGUCCAGCAGACCCAAGGAAUAUGGUUGCUACUAGUCCAGGUGAUCCCCGAAACAUGGUGGCUUCAAGUCCAGCAGAUCCUAGGAAUUUAAUCCCUUCUAGCCCAGCAGACUCAAGGAAUAUGAUCCCAUCCAGUCCAGCAGACCCAAGAAAUAUGGUCCCUGCCAGCCCUGUAGACCCAAGGAAUCUGGUACCAGCAAGUCCAGUAGACCCUAGGAAUAUGGUACCAGCUAGCCCUGUGGAUCCCAGAAACAUGGUACCAGCAAGUCCUGUUGAUCCAAGAAAUAUGGUACCAGCAAGCCCUGUUGACCCAAGAAACAUGGUACCAGCAAGCCCUGUUGAUCCAAGAAAUCUGGUACCAGCCAGCCCAGCUGCUCAACAAGAUCCAAGAAAUCUGAUGGUUUCAAGUCCAGCAUCUUUGCCUGACAAAUCCACACAGCAGUUAUACAGGAGUGAUAUAGAAGGACAGAAUAUAAACCUUGGCUCAAGAUCCACCCCAAUCAACAUUCAGAGUCCAUCAGUCUCUAUGGCAACUGUUCCCAUGUCAACAGAUGUUAGAUUGUUGCCAGUAGAUACUCGACCAUUACAGAGUCAGGUAACAGACAGUAGACAUCUGCCAGCUGAUAGCCUGACAUAUAGCUCUCCUUCCUUCCUGGACAGCUUGACAAGGAGUUUGUACACCCCAGAUCUCACAAACAAACCCAUGUCCACACAGCCAUUCAGUUCGCUUCCCAUGUGUCGUCCUGAAGACAUACUAGGGCUAGAUAGCAGGCAGCACCAAAUACAGAAGCCUGAUCCUUACUAUGGAAUCCCAAAGUCCAUUUACCAUCAAAGCUCUGGAACAGAGGCAGGGGACAAUUAUGCGAACAAUCAGUAUGGACUCAGUAAACUUCUCAGUCCUCAGCAAGGAACAUACUACCAGCAGAACAUGUCAAGUCAACCUCAGACACUUUAUGGAAUAGAUAAAUUAACUUCCACACCACUAAAUUAUUACAAUCAACCAAAUAGUAAUGAUAAAUCCAGCACUGAGCAAAGGGACACUGUGCCGAAACAGACACUACAUUACGGUCCUGUGUCCACACCCAACCAUUCCCACUUUCAACAUAGCAUUCCACGUUCAGAUCAACAGCAUACCAAUCCCAGCCAGCAAAAAGUCCUGAACUCGACAGAACAGUUGCCUGCUUACCAGAGUGGGCAUGUCUCACCUCACCUCACAUACAGCCAGGUUUACAAGGGCAGUCAACCACAAGCUCAGGUAUGGUGAUACUUAUAGCUUUUAUAUAAAUGAUUAGUAUGUUUGAACUGCUGACAUUGAAAAGAAACUGGGUUUUAAUGGAAUAUGUCU